AUGACAUUCAGGUCAGAUUGGAUGGAGAAUGUGAGGGAGUCGAGUGAGGAUUAUAUACUGCAAGGUAACGGUGGGAAGCUGCCAGUGACAGGAGAGGGUGACGUGGUGCUGCAGAGUCCGUAUGGAGAGAUGAGACUGGAGAAUGUGCUGCUGGUUGAGGAUUUAAAGGUGAAUUUGGUCACGACGAAUGAUAUGGAUGAGAUCUAUGAGGAUCCUGAGUAUGGUGAGAUGGGAGAAUUCGAGGAGUUAUCGGUUGAGGAUGAUGAGAGUGAGGAGACGGAUGAUACGGCAGCAAGUGUGGAGGCAGCAGUGAAGCAGAAAGAGGAGAUAGUCGCCAUGGAGGCAGCAGCAGUGAAUGGUGGAGAUGGAGUUGGUGUCAACACUUUUGCAGCAGCGAUCGUGGUUGAAGAUGAAGCAGUAAAUGCGAAUUAUAUGGGAGUUGAAGCUGUGAAAGGGGACAUCCUGGUGAAGGGAUCAAAUGUGAAAGCAACUGCAAAGGGGCGAGUGCUUACGAAGGAGGAACACGUUGAAGGGUACAAGACCCGAGAAAUGUUGGGUGUUGAGAUGCCGAGGAGAAGCGAGAGGCUUAAGGAUAUCUCUCAAGGUUUGGACGUCAAGGCGCUCAACUUCACGACACGUAAGCAGAGGUUCAAGGUGCAGGAGCUGCAGGGGAGCGUGAAGCAGACUUAG